AUGGACACCCGUAAUGGUUCCAUCAGUUCCAAUUACUGCAACGACAUGAUGAGGGACCGGAAACUCUUAAAGAGGAAAUUCAACACCUUUGUGCAUGCACCCUGGAAAGAUGUCCAGGACAUCUGCCUCGAGCCUACCAUCCUCUGCCGGGAUGGUAGGCAGAUCAACUGCCACAAGAGCAAGGCCCCAGUGAGCAUCACCGAGUGUAGUCAGUCACCUGAGGCCCAAACCCCUGACUACAAGACCAAUAGCAGCAAUAAAUUUAUCACCAUUGCCUGUUCCGAGAUGCUUGAGCCCAUCCACUUUGAUGAUUCCUGGCCUGAAUUGCUGGACGCAUUGCGAUCCGGAGACAUCUGCAUGGUCUCACUCCCCCGAGUUUUUCCCUCUUGGCCCCAACACGAAUAA